ACUUCCUAAAAACUUUUGCUGUUGCACAAUGAGGGAAGAAAAAUCGAAAGUUGGGAGAGGAACAAUCACCACAAGAAGACAACAGCUCGACACACAUACUGAGAGACGUGUCCCAUUAAAUAGCAGAACUUCAUGUUGGUUUGCACAGGUGGCCCAAAAGUCUCCCUUUAGGAUGUUCUUUCUCGCCGGGGCUGCUUUUCUCUUCCAUGUGUGCGUCGACACAGCGAGCGCAUCACAGAGCAACAACUUCUGCAUGGGGUCCUUCUGCAUCAACCUCGACAAAACCGAGAUUGUAUCCGAAGCGGGACUCUGCACCGUCAUCCCGUGCUCCUUCUCCGCCAUUGACUUCACGCCUCAGAGCAUCGUGUGGUUCAAGUGCUCCCAAAGCAAAAGCAGAUGCGGCGACUCGGAGAUCAUCUUCCACUCCAAGAACACCGGCAAAAUCCUUGACGGUUUCCGGGGCCGAGUUCGGAUGCUGCAGUCCGACGUGAGCCUCUGGGACUGCAGCAUCAUGGUCAACGAACUCACACCCUCGGACUCGGGAGCGUAUCAGCUGAGAGUUAAUGGCCUGCUGCGGAACACCAAUGAAGGAUUUACUUUCAAAAAGCGAGUGUUGAUCACCGUAACACCUCUCAGGCAGAAGCCCACCGUGUGGUCCGAGCCGAUGAUCGCCGGUCAAUCGGCGAUGCUCACCUGCGUGCCCCCGGGCCUCUGCUCCGGCUACAUCCCCACCAUCAGCUGGGCGUGGAAGCAAUCGAUAGGCAACGACACUCACGCCGUGGUCCCUAACAGGACGGCUUUCCAGUGGGAGACUUUGACACCGUUCUAUCGGAGAUACAAGUCAACUUUGACCUUCAACGCUACUGCCGAACACCACGGCCGCGACAUCACUUGCAAAGUCUUCUACUGGGGAGUCAACGAGACCACGGAGAAAACCGUGACACUGAAUGUUACCUAUGCAAAGCCUCCAUCCAUCUCUGGGCGGACGACAGUGAAAGAAGGCGACACGUUAAAUCUUUCGUGCAACGCUGACAGUUUCCCGCCCUCUCGCGUCUUUUGGAACCUUCCCUAUUCUAACGGGACCGACCUGCAAAGCGGAUCACAGAUGAGCCCGACCGGAGCUAGCGCUUCUCUCGACAUCCCCAACGUGACGGCGGCCCACUCCGGACGCUACCAGUGUGUAGCGACUAACUAUACAGUACACGUGGAUGUGACGGUGACAUGGUUUGGGGGAAUCCUUAACGGGUCGGGAUGUUCGCUCCGGGGGCCGGUGUUGACCUGUGUGUGUAUCAGCGGCGGGGGCCUCGCUGUCCCCCGCGGUGUCGGACGACGGCGCCAGCAGCAGCGUCACGCUGAUUGUCGACGGCCUCAACGUCUCUGCGAUGGAGUGUGUCAGCAUGCAUCAAGAUGGCGACCUUAGGAAAACACUAAACGUUCAACACAAAACAUUAGAAUGGGAAGAUUCAGAGCAAGGUAUGAAAAAGAUGACAACCAUGUUUCGCCCCGAUGUCUUCAUCGCAUUUUUGAGCGGCGCGCUACUGUCAGCCAUCUUGUGCUGGUUUUCCAGGACUUGCUGCCGGAAACCAAAAAAAAGCCCUGGUCGUCUGGAUCUGGAGCUGGUGGAACCACAAGAUGAAGAUGACCCACAAGACUCUGGCCACAAAGUUGUCAGCGAGGAGGCGACUAAAGCGGACGUGGAGUACGCCAGCAUCAACUUCUCCGCGUUGAGGAGAAACAACACCAGAGAGGUUACAACCACUCACCAGGCCACCGAGUAUGCUCAGAUCAAAACAAAGGGAAAUGGCAACGAAUCGCUAGAGCAUAAUGACGAUAAAGAAAAGGAUGAAACGACGGCGGAGAACAGGACACAGUGCAACAAUGAGAACGAAGAGAAGGAAGAGGAAGCCUUGUAUUCAAACGUGAAAGACGCUAUGAUGUCAUGAACGGCCCCCCUUUGCUUUAAAUUCAGAUGUUUUCAGUUGCGGUACAAAAGCUGCAAAAGAAAUCACUCACAGGCAUUUCAAGAUGUUUUUUUUUUUUUUAUUGGCAGUGUUGAUAUGCAUUGGAG